GUACGCUAUUCCAGAGGAGCAGAUGAAGCUGUCCCAUCCAGACUCAGAAAAACUUCAUAAAGAUCCCAGUGCUCAAAAUGAGAGGGACCAGUGGUCAAGUAAAAUGGAUUUUUUCUUGGCUGUUGCCGGACAAAUCAUUGGACUUGGAAAUAUGUGGAGGUUUCCGUACCUGUGUUAUAAGAAUGGAGGAGGGGUGUUCCUAAUUCCAUAUCUGGUGUUCUUGUUUGCCUGUGGCAUUCCACUGUUCUUCCUGGAGGUAUCCUUGGGUCAAUACACCAGUCAGGGUGGCAUCACCUGUUGGAGAAAGAUAUGUCCACUGUUUCAAGGGCUGGGCUUCGGUGCUCAGGUGGUUGUGUUCUAUUCUAGCAUCUACUAUAUUAUAAUUCUUGCCUGGGCAUUCUUCUAUCUCUUCUCUUCAUUUAGCUCUGAGCUGCCCUGGGCUAGUUGUAGUAAUCCCUGGAACACAGAAACUUGUGUUGAGUUUGCCAGUACAGAUAAAAACUUAAGUACACUGCACAAUGCAACAUCACCGGUCUUAGAGUUUUGGGAGAGAAGAGUGCUAAAUAUCACUGGUAGUACAAAUGAGUUGGGAAAUGUAAGGUGGGAGCUGGCUCUGUGUCUCAUUCUGGCCUGGAUCAUCUGCUAUUUCUCUAUCUGGAAUGGAGUGAAGUCUUCUGGAAAGGUGGUUUAUUUCACUGCUACCUUUCCUUAUAUAAUGCUGGUGGUACUGCUGGUGCGUGGACUCACGCUUCCUGGAGCAAUUGAUGGCAUCAAAUUUUACCUCUAUCCAGAGCCUUCACGUCUAUUGGAUCCGGAGGUUUGGCUGGACGCUGGAACACAAAUACUUUUUUCUUUCUCUGUCUGCAUUGGGUGCCUUAUUUCUCUAGGAAGCUACAACAAGUACAACAACAACUGUUACAGAGACUGUGUUUACCUGUGCCUGCUGAACAGUGGGACAAGCUUUGUGGCUGGAUUUGCCAUCUUCUCAGUGCUGGGUUUCAUAGCUUAUGAACAGGGGGCAGACAUCGCAACAGUGGCAGAAUUAGGUCCAGGAUUAGUCUUUGUUGUCUACCCCAGAGCAGUCGUUAUGAUGCCUUUUUCACAACUUUGGGCUGUUUGUUUCUUUGUCAUGGUCAUUUUGCUGGGCUUGGACACUGAGUUUGUGGGUUUGGAGUCGCUGAUGACAAGUAUAACAGACAUGUUUCCCUCAUUCUUCAAUUCUGCUCGUCGACGCAAACUACUACUGCUUUUCAUCUCUGUUGUCUGCUUUUUCAUCGGUCUGGUUAUGGUAACUGAGGGUGGAAUGUAUAUCUUUCAGUUGUUUGAUUACUAUUCUGGCAGUGGAAUAACAAUUCUUAUAUUCGGCCUUCUAGAAUCAGUGUGUAUUGGGUGGGUGUAUGGUGCAGACCGCUUGUAUGAUAACAUUGAGGACAUGAUUGGUUAUCGUCCAAUGUGCUUUAUAAAGUAUUGCUGGAAGUAUGUAACUCCACUGGUCUGCAUGGGCACAUUUGUCUUCUCUCUGGUGAAGUUCACUCCACUGAAGUUUAACAAUACACUUGAAUACCCCUGGUGGGGCUAUACUGUUGGUUGGUGGUUCACUCUCUCUUCAACCCUGCUUAUUCCUCUUUGGAUGAUCUACGCUCUCCUCACUUCUAGCGGCUCACUAAAACAGAGAUUAUGUCUUCUCUGCACACCAGCAAGUGACCUUCCUUUGGACUUUAACACAGGAAAACAUCAUGCAACUGAAAAGUACAUUGACCUCAUUGCACUAAAGACAGAAAAAUACAUAAAUGAAGCACAAACGUGUGUCUAAUUUAAAGUACUUCAAAACUGUACAUUUCUACUUUUAAAAUAAAUUAAAUACUGUUUAUUGUACAAACUCUGUAAUGUUGGUGUAUGAUAUAAUAAAUGAAUAUUUACAUUUUCCAAA